CUCUGCUUCUGCCAGCUGAAGAGCUGAGGGGCGUCUCCUCCCUUGCAUAGCGAGGUCCCGUUCGCGGAGGCCACGGCUGACGGCUGCGAGGGACGGAGGCCAGAGUAUUCCUUUAGAAAUGAGUUGCACAAUUGAAAAGGCACUUGCUGAUGCCAAAGCUCUUGUGGAAAGAUUGAAAGACCAUGACGAGGCAGCAGAGUCUCUGAUCGAGCAAACCACAGCUCUGAACAAACGGGUAGAAGCCAUGAAGCAGUAUCAGGAAGAAAUUCAAGAACUUAAUGAAGUUGCAAGACAUCGACCACGAUCCACAUUAGUUAUGGGAAUCCAGCAAGAAAACAGACAAAUCAGAGAAUUACAGCAGGAGAACAAAGAAUUACGUACAUCUCUAGAAGAACACCAAUCUGCCUUGGAAAUUAUAAUGAGCAAAUAUCGAGAGCAAAUGUUUAGAUUGCUAAUGGCUAGCAAAAAAGAUGAUGCGGGUAUAAUAUUGAAGUUAAAAGAGCAGCACUCAAAGGAACUGCAAGCUCACGUCGACCAGUUAACAGAAAUGGCAGCAGUGAUGAGGAAGGUCACUGAAAUUGAAGAACGACAGGGCUGCAAGGAACAGGAGCGCAUAUUUCAACUUGAGCAAGAAAACAAAGGCUUGAGAGAGAUCCUUCAAAUAACUCGAGAAUCAUUUUUGAAUCUGAAAAAAGAUGACGUGUCAGAAAGUACUUCUUUGUCAGCAUUAGUGAGCAGCAGUGAUCUGAGUCUGAGGAAGAACUGAAGAGCUUCCUGGAAGACUACAGACUUCACUGGGACUGGCCGACCAAUUGAAUGAAUGAGCAGAAAACUCCGUCUCAUGCUACCCUUUUUAGUUUUUUGUAUUAUGUAGUGUACUGGCCAUCACAUUUUUAAGAGAUAGCAACAAAAAACUGCAUAGUUAAUGGUCACAGGCUUUAUUCCUAAACAUACUGAAAAGUUAAAACUAAGCCUUACUUCGUUAACUGGCGAACAAUUUGAGGUUUUUGCAGUGGGUGGUUGCUGAACCUAUCAAGCACUUUUAGCAGUAUUGUUGGCUUCCUGGAUAAUACUUGGAUAAAUGACUAUUCCUAGUAAACAUUUGAGAAUUCAUAAGAUUAUUCCUGUUAAAGAAUACAAGUUUAGCUACAAUUUUGUAGAUGGAGGGUGCUCACUAAAUUUUACCCUCCCUGUCUGGUGUCAAGGUUAACAAAUAGCAUGAUAUACAUGAGGCUUCAAGCUUUAAUGAUUGCCUAUCUACUUUCCCGUUAAAUUUUUGUCAAAGAAAAUUCAGUUUUAAAGACUGCAGGGAUGUUUUGUAUGUACCAUAAACAAAAGUAAUUUGAGCUAACU